GUCACAGCACACGUGCGGCAGCUUGAACGCAAAGACUGAAAGAGCUUUGGGUUUUUAAUUGCGGAGCGAAUUUGAUGCUAAUUUAACCGAAUAUGGGUCAAACGGACGAUUGACCAGAACAGUGGCUAUCUACCGAACAUUAGGGUCUCUCGGAAAACAGAAGGAUGUUCGUGGUGGUGGAGAUGGUCGACACUGUGCGGAUUCCUCCGUGGAAUUUCCAUCGGCAGCUCAACGAUGCCGUCGCUGAAGAGCUCAACAAGAAACUGGCCAACAAGGUUGUGUAUAAUGUUGGCUUGUGCAUCUGCUUGUAUGACAUCACUAAACUAGAGGAUUCCUACAUAUUUCCCGGGGACGGAGCCUCUCACACUAAAGUGCAUUUUAGAUAUGUGGUGUUUCACCCCUUCCUGGAUGAGAUUCUAGUGGGGAAGAUUAAAUACUGCAGUCAAGAAGGAGUAUACGUCACCCUUGGAUUCUUUGAUGACAUCUUAAUCCCACCUGAGUCCCUACAGCAGCCUGCUAAAUUCGACGAGGCAGAGCAGGUGUGGGUGUGGGAGUACGAGACUGAUGAGGGCACUCAUGACCUCUACAUGGACCAGGGUGAGGAGAUCCGGUUCCGGGUCGUGGACGAGCUCUUCCUGGACACAUCUCCCACCGGACCCACCACUGACCCAGAACCUCCAGCUAACUCCAGCACAGCACCUACUGCAGCUACAGACGAUAGUGCACAGAAAAAAGAGGCUCCUUACACACUGAUGGCCUCCAUCAGUGAGCCGGGAUUAGGGCUGCUGUCUUGGUGGAGCAGCUAGCUGUAGGAGGAUGUCUUUUCUUACACACUUCUCCUGCUCCAUACCUCUCCGCAAAAUGAACUUGCAGGGGUAACCAUCUUUGUGUCUUUGUGUGCAGCUUGUCCUGUCGUGAUUAAUGCAAGAGACACUGCAAAGUAGUUGUGGCUCAGCAUCUUCUUGAACGUUUAAAGGUGUUGUCUGGAUUUCCAAGAAGGUGCAUUGUUUAGAAAUCACAGCUGACUUUUUUGCCAAUGGAAAAGUGGCUGGGGAACCAGGUGGAGCCUAAGACUUUACCAUUUGCGUCUAGUGCUGCAGACCGUGGCCAUCGGAACUGACUCGGCCUCCUCAUUUCUCUGCUAUGUAUAUGUGCUGCACGAUACAGACAAAGUGCUAGUAUUACACAUAUAUUUCUACAUAAUGUGAUUAUGAUGUGCCUUACAAUAUAUUAAAAACAGUAGUAAUGGGUUUGAGAUUGGCCUAGAUUACUCAGAAAAAAUGCUCACAGAACACACUAAAAAACACGAAACUGAAAAAGAACACUGACAGUAAAUGGUUAAAGGCUCAAUUAGGUAUUACAGUCCUCUGUUAUGGCACGAAUGCAAAGACCAAUAUAACAACAGCGAUUAAAUGGGAAUUUCACCUGUUUUACAGCAUUUCUGCAUAAUUAAAUUGUUAAGAAGUUAACCAGGUCAUUUAGAGAGGUUUGGGGUGAAAUGGUGCAUUAUAGACAAAUUUACUGACUGUAUUUGCUUUACAGUGAUGGUGAUGGAAACCAGGGGUCGCAAUGUCUACAAUGCAAAUUUUACUGCCAUUUUACUGUCUAGAAAGACCAGUGAACCUAGUCGUGUCUUCUGAUUUUUUAUAUGUCAGUAACAGUAAAAUGGUGGUAAAAAUACACAUGAAACUAUUGCAAAACAACGUAUCAGGCAGGGUAUUCAUGAACAUUUUGUGUAAUAGCUUUAUGUGAGGUGGCUUUAAGUGCUUCAGACGUCUGGUUCCUAUCGCCACCACUGUGAACAAUGCUGACCCAGUAAGUUUCCCUAGAAUGUCACGAUUUACAUCAGACUUUGUUUACAUCGGACAUUUUGAAACAUUGGUGGAAUUUACCAAACAAUCUGUCUUGCAGCCCUCCUGUAUACCGUUCAACAUCUGAACCACCAUGACAUCACAAGAUCUCUACGCUAAAAGCUACACUGUAAACGUAGCAUGACAUUUAAGCAGAAGUAAUAUACCUUUGAAGGAACGAUUGACAGUUCAGUGGUCCAAUCAGUAAAUGAGAUGUAAUAAAAUCUGUGUGCGCUGCUUUUCAUUGGCAGCAGAUGACCAUCCUCACAAAGUAAUGUGGCCCAGUUUGGCUUCAUUAAUCUGUCACCCAUCAUGUGUGAAUUUAAGAGUC